AUGGCAUAUAUCGUGGCCCCUAUCACUUACAGUGCUGAGAUGACCACCUCAAUCCCUCCUGCAAGGUUGUUCAAGGCCGUUAUCCUUGACCACCACCUUCUUCCUAAGGUUGUGCCACAAGCCAUUAAGAGUGUUGAAAUUUUUGAAGGAGAUGGUGGAGCUGGAACCAUUAAAAAAUUUCCAGAAUACCCAUUUAAGAGUGCCAAACACAGAGUUGAGACACUUGACAAAGACAACUUCGUUUAUUGCUUUAGUGUAAUUGAGAGUGAUGCACUGAAAGAAGGAAUUGAGAAAUUCACUAAUGAGAUCAAAUUUGAAGCCUCCCCUGAUGGAGGGUCAAUGUGCAAGACCACCAGCUCUAUCUACACCAAGGGUGAUGUCAAGAUCCCUGAGGAAGAAAUCCAGGGAGGAAAACAAAGGUCUUUGGGACUGUUCAAGGCUGUUGAGCCUUACCUCCUCACAAAUCCUGAUGCCUACAACUAA